CAGCUGCCCCCACAGGGAGGAGGCCCUUCAGACACCGAAAGCUUCGGUGUCUCCGCCUCCCUUGGCUCUCUCCCUACCCUUUUUCUUUAUAUAUAUAAUUCUCGUUCCUCUCUUUCCCAUUUUUUAAUCUCUGCAACUCCAAAGCAUUUGCAGGCUUGGGAUUCUUCUCUCUCUCUUCAUUCAUGUUGGAGAAACAAUGUCCUACAUUUCGAAUUUCGCCGCGCCGUUUCACGGCCAGAGGGCCGCGUUUAAUUCAGCGGACACCCAGUUAAAGUUUCCUUCUCUUGCUUCCAUCCAGUCUAGACCCGCAAUCAGGAUUGCCAGACCCUUCUUCCAGAAUGACACAUUUAGCAUCUCCCGGAUGGCGGUUGGUAGGUCGAGCAGAGUCGGUAGACAAGGAAGGUUACGCAUGGCAUUGGUAAAUGAGAGGCUUGGACAUGGCCGAAAUGUGUCUGACCAGUCUUCCGUUUUGGCAUACGAACUAGUUCAAGGAAAACUUGUAAGGUGGAGUUCAAUGGUGGUAUUGGACAGGUCAAUACCAGAGCCACCAACAGCUGUUCUCUUGCAUGGCAUUCUUGGUAGCAGAAAGAACUGGGGAACUUUUGCUCGGCGACUGGCACAAGAAUUUCCAACAUGGCAGUUUGUUUUAGUAGAUUUGCGGUGCCAUGGUGAUUCUGCAUCAAUCAAGAAGAGAGGUCCACACACUGUUGCUUCAACUGCUUUAGAUGUGCUAAAACUAAUUGCACAGCUUAGAAUAACACCCCGUGUUCUAAUUGGCCACAGCUUUGGAGGAAAAGUUGUCUUGAGCAUGGUGGAACAAGCUGCAAAGCCACUUCCACGACCAGUUAGAGUAUGGGUUCUAGAUGCCACUCCUGGAAAAGUUCGAGCUGGUGGAGAUGGUGAUGACCAUCCAGCACAGUUAAUAUCUUCCUUAAGGAAACUGCCUAUGGAGGUCUCUUCGAAGCGCGAUAUAGUGAAUGCUCUAGUUCAAGAAGGGUUUUCUAAGGAUGUCGCACAGUGGGUUGUAACUAAUCUUCGACCAACUGCUGCUGCUGGUACACCAUCAUCAAGCUUCUCAUGGGUGUUUGACCUUGAAGGGAUCUCUCAAAUGUACCAGUCCUAUGAAGAAACAAAUUUAUGGGAAGUGGUGGAAAAUCUACCUCGUGGUGUGCAUGUUAAUUUUUUGAAAGCGGAAAGGAGUUUGCAUCGUUGGGCCCUUGAAGAUCUUCAGCGAAUCCAUGCUGCCGAAGAGUCUGCUGCUGAUGAGGGAGGUGGAGUUGAAAUGCAUGUCCUUGAAGAUGCAGGGCACUGGGUACAUGCUGAUAACCCUGAUGGACUCUUCAGGAUUCUUUCAUUUUCUUUCAAGGGAGUUAAAGCCUAAAGUAACAUUUUUGCAAGACUGGAUUCUUCCCGGCUCUCUUGGCCAGGAUCUUCUUACUUGCCCGAUAGUGCGAUUGAAGCACUUUAGUCUACUUUUUCUGAAGAACUGGGCGUGACACUCCUUCACUCAAUCUAGCGAUGUCUUCGUUGUCGUUGAUCACCUUGCUUGCUUUCCUCUGGAAGUGUUUGGCGUGAGUUAAGAUUGGGUUUACCAACUUGACAUAGGAAGAAUGAAUCAGAUUACUCGCAUAAGUAAAAAACUAAGAGUCAUCUGAGCUUUAGCUCAAGGGAUGAGGGUAGUGUGGGGAUCUGAGGUAAGACUUAACAAUUCUCAAGGCCGUCAUCUAACUAGUGAAGUGAGACUUCAUUGGUAGAUCUUCAGCUAUUAAAUUAUGUUGAAGCUGUCACUCUGUUGUAAGAAAAUUUGUGCAGCUAAUCAAAU